AUGACGACGACGACGAAAGUGGUGGCGUCGAACUCGCAAGGCGUGUGCGUCAUCCGAAUCGGCGACGAUGAGCCGCCGCCGAUGAAGGGCAUCGGCCGGCGUGCGAGUCGUCCGAAUCGCAAAUCCGCCAAAACGCUUUUCCAUCAGUUUGGUGUUCGCCGGUUCCCAUUGAACAGACGAAACUCGCUGAAUAGCGACUCGUACUAUCGCGAGCUCGAGAAGAUGCACGAGUCGGGCUUAUUCACGACCGGCGUCAAUUGCAACUCGGAAAAGAGCGAUGACUUUUUGAGUUUGAUCGAGAAAAUGCAAAGCAAUCGUCUCGAUGAUCAGAGAUGCGAAUUGCCCGAUCGGGUUGGUCUUUAA